AUGGCAGCGAAUGGAGAUCGUCAGGGCUCUACCGAAUGGAUAUCAAGCUUCCUACAUACUCGUGUUGUGUCUUGGCCGGACUUCCCCGUUCUGGCACCAGUGUUUGGCAGUGUAGCUUGUCGUGACCAAGCCUCCGUUUCUCGUUUCUGUCGCACCCAAGGCGUGAUCCCCGCCGUGCCCUGA